GAGCGGGGGAGUUUUUUGGAGCUGCUCCGCCGCAGCACACACUUCCGUGUUGUCUGUCACCGUAAAGCAGGAAGCACUGUAGUAAUGUGUAGGAGUUAACCUGUCCCGCUGCUGUUUACCUACAGAGUCGUCAUUCCGAUGCCAGGUGAAGUGAAACGGCAGGAGAAGCUACAUGGAGGCUAACUAACCCCGGACCAAUCGGUGCUCGGCGUACAGAGGAACUGCGGUACAUUAGCACCAGAAUGCCAGCCGGAGUGUGUGGCUGCUGUGGGCCGCUGAGGCCGAGGUACAAACGCCUGGUGGACAACAUCUUCCCUGAGGACCCCAAAGAUGGACUCAGUAAAUCUGACAUGGAGAAGCUGACCUUCUAUGCUGUGUCGGCUCCAGAGAAGCUGGACAGGAUUGGAGCGUACCUGGCCGAGAGGCUGAGCAGAGAUGUCGUGCGACACCGCUAUGGGUACGUGGUGAUAGCCAUGGAGGCUCUGGACCAGCUGCUGAUGGCCUGUCACUCUCAGAGCAUUAAACCCUUCGUGGAGAGUUUCCUGCACAUGGUCGCCAAGCUGCUGGAGUCCAGAGAGCCGGACCUGCAGGUCCUUGGAACCAACUCGUUUGUGAAGUUUGCCAACAUCGAGGAGGACACGCCGUCCUAUCAUCGCCGCUACGACUUCUUUGUGUCUCAGUUCAGCGCCAUGUGCCACUCAACUCAUGAAGAUGUUGAGACCAGAACAAGGAUCCGUGUGGCGGGGAUUAAAGGCCUGCAGGGUGUGGUGAGGAAAACGGUGAACGACGAGCUGCAGGCCAUCAUCUGGGAGCCUCAGCACAUGGACAAACUGAUCCCAUCCAUGCUGUUCAACAUGCAGGACAGUGAAGACCUGGACAGGGCGGGGCACCCCAGCACACCGUCGGGGGCGGGUCAGGAUGGCGAGGAAAACCCGGCGGCGCUGGCUGAGAGCUGCUUCAGAGAGCUGCUGGGCAGGGCGGCCUACGGCAACAUGAACAACGCCGUGCGACCCGUCUUAGUUCACCUGGAUAAUCACCACCUUUGGGACCCCAAUGAGUUUGCUGUUUCCUGCUUCAGAAUCAUCAUGUACUCCAUCCAGGCUCAGCACUCCCACCACGUCAUCCAGCAGGUUCUGAACCACCUGGACACUCACAACAAGACCGCGCCGCGGGUCAGGGCCGGCAUCGUCCAGGUCCUCCUGGAGACGGUGGCCAUCGCUGCCAAAGGCUCAGUGGGUCCCACAGUGCUGGAGGUGUUCAACACUCUGCUCAAACACCUGCGGAUGAGCGUGGACUUCGAGCUGGGCGAGAGCUCAAGGAGAAACUCCAGUGCCAGCGCUUCCUCUGUCCGUGGCAAAGAAAGUGAAGAGCGGAUCGUCCAGAACGCCAUCAUCCAGACCAUCGGCUUCUUCGGUGGAAACCUGCCAGACUACCAGCGAGCUGAGGUCAUGAUGUUCAUCAUGGGCAAAGUGCCAGUGUAUGGGACCCCCUGCCACACCUUGGACACCGUCAAGAUUGGGCAUCAGGGAACCAAGAGGAUCCAGACCAUGCUGCUCAGCUCCCUCAUCAUGGUAACCUCCGGCUUCAAGUCUAAGUCCAUGGCAGCUGCGUUGCCUCCUCCUUUCCUGGACCCGCUCUUCUCCAUCUCCCUGAUGGAGGACAGCGAGCUGAGGCAGCUGGUGCUCGAGAUCCUGCACAACAUCAUUGAUCGCCAUGACAACCGCGCCAAGCUACGCGGCAUCAGAAUCAUUCCCAACGUCGCAGCACUGAAGAUUAAAAGAGAGAAGAUUUCCAAACAAGACGUCGCAUUCAUGAAGAAGCACGGCCAGCAGCUCUACCGCCACAUCUACCUGGGCUGUAAGGAAGAGGAUAACGUCCAUAAAAACUUUGAGCUGCUCUUCACCACCCUGGCCAUUCUGACUAUUGAGCUGGCCAACGAGGAGGUGGUCAUCGACCUCAUCCGGCUCUCUGUCGCUCUGCAGGACAUGGUUCUGGCCAAUGAGGAGAACAUGCCAAUGAUUAUUCGCUGUGGCGUCAAUGCACUGGUGGCGGCGUACCUCAACUUCCUGAGCCAGAUGAUCGCCAACCCCCCGUUCUGUCAGCACGUCAGCAAGGUUAUCGAGCUGAGGAACAUGGACGCUCCGUACCUCCUCCCAGAGCACAUCUUCAGAGACAAGUGUCCACUCCCUGAAUCUCUGGACAAGGAGGACAGACUGCUGUACUUCCAGACCUCCGACAUGGCCGAGUGUCUGGCAGGACCGGGAUACAACGCAGACAGACUCUCCAUCCCCUACAUCCCCCAAGUCACAGAUGAAGACCGUCUGAGUAGGAGGAAGAGCUUCGUGGACACAGUCUCCAUCGGGAUGGAUAUCGUGUCCAACAGCCUUCCAGACAAGUCUCAGCUGGCUGAGGAGAUCACAUUCGAGACCCUGAAGAAGGCUAUAGACACCACCGGUCUGGAGGAGCAGGAGCGGGAGAAGAGGCGUCAGGUGAUGGAGAAGUUCCAGAAAGCUCCGUUUGAGGAGAUCGCCGCUCACUGCGAGUCCAAGGCGAAUAUGUUGCACGACCGGCUGGCACAAAUCUUCGAACUUACAAUUCGGCCUCCACCCAGCCCGUCCGGAGUGGUUUCCAUCUCAGCGGGACACACCCAGCACCAGUCGGUACCUGUCUACGAGAUGAAGUUUCCAGACCUGUGUGUCUACUGAAACACACACACACACACACACACACACACACACACACACACACACAAAAGACAGCUGAAACGCAAAAUGCAAUUUAAAAAUGCUGAAAAAGAACAAAACAAUCACAAUCUGUUGUCCAGGUUCCUAUUCAGACCAGCACAAGAGCACAAAACGCAGCAAAACAAUUUGAUAUCAUAUCUUAACUUUUCUCCUCUUUCUUAAACACUCUGAUCUUUAACUGAGCUUAAAGCAGCUCUACAUGAACUUUGUUUCCUGACUCACAUCCCUGACGCUAAACACAACUGAACUUACAAAGUACAGGAACAGCAAAAACAAAAACAGCUUGACCUGUGAGAUUUCAGUGAUUUGAUGCUGAUCUGAUGUUGCUGAUCCAGUCAGUCGUCAACACCUUGUACAUACGCUCUUUAGUCUAAGAUUAACCUCUUGAAGAACCGGCUAAAACCAGCUCCAGGUUUUAAAUGUGAAGCUGGUUUUAGCGGCUUCUGCCUCCUAACAAGUAUCUGUUCUCAUGUUGAUCCGUAGGCGUCAGUGUCACUAAUGAGUAUUAGUAAUAUAUUAGCAUCAGCUGUAAAAAAAAAACUGAGUAACUGGUAGAAGGCGGAUUAGUGUUAGGCUCACUGCUGCAUGGCUGUUCCGACCUGUUCAGUCUAGUAAGUCCUCUCUCCUCAGUCUUUGCUAUUUAAAGGUGAAUAAGCAUCAGAAACGACUUCAGCGACCAGCUACAGGUGUCUGUUCGGCACAGAGACUCGGUGGAUGAGCCGAAGAGAGUUGCAUUUCAACACAGUUCAGUAGAAGUGGUUCAUGGUUGGUGAUUUCUCCUGAUAACUGAAGCUCUUCGGACACUUCAAAUGUUUGAGUCUGAUUUCUUCUCCCUGAAGUAGCUCAUGUAUAAAAACGUGUAAUUGUAACUGUGACACGCGAUGACGGAACAAACAGGGAAAUAGUGACGUCACUCCGGGAAACGGGCGGAGGUGUUGGCAGGUCACGUUUGGAGCAGCCGCGUCGAACAAAUGUCAGAUGGUCUUCCUGAAAAACUAAGCCGGGCGACAACAAACAGGCUGAUAGAGAUUUAUAUUUAAGAAACAGGAGUUCAAUUACCAGCAUGAAUUGACUUGGUUUUAACUUUAAAUAGAAAAAUUUGACUGAUCGUUGCUGUAUUUAUUUUCCAUUUAGCGUCUUUAGAACAAACGUAGAGACUGAGCACAAAACCUGAACUGCAAAAUACUGAAAGGUAUGAAAUCUUUUGCGAUGUGAGCUACAUUUGAGGGACAGUUCAACUCUUUACAUGCACAUGUUACAGUCAUUACCUUGGCUCAACAUGUUACAGCACUUGUUUUUGACCCUGCGCUCAAGUUUCUGAAUUGUGAAUUGUGAAUUGUUCAUUCUGUCCAGCUGCAUCCAUUUCAUCCACACCAACUGACAUUUCUCUAUCAUUAAUGUACAUGGAUGUAGCUUGGUAGCUAGCUCUGUAGGAAGAUGACUGAUGACUUAAUCCCUCCUACUAAGAUCUAACUGGUUGAUUAAUUCUACAAAUGGCAGAAAUAACCAGACCUGUUUUGAACUGCUGAACAAACCUAAGAAGUAGGCGACAAGACGUUCCUCAGUUCUGGUAGACGUUCUUUUUAAUCGUCCAAUUACACACGAACAUAGGCAGGUAUGUGAGUAACGCUGCUGCACCGCCGCCACAAUCGUCAGUGUAUCUGUGGUAAAAAAAAAUCUAGUGAAUAAGUUCUCUUAGUUUGUCAGACAUGAAGCUGAUUUCUACCUGUGAUAUAGAUUUCGUCCAACACAAUGACCUCACUGUGAACGUCUUGGACUCGACCAGCGGCUCGAACUUCUCCCUGCUCUGUUCGCAGCUUCCUAAAAAAACCAAAACAUGUCCCGUUGCCAAAGAUUCAAAGACUCAAAAUGUCUCAAUCGAAGUGUUUUUCUGAGCCAGUGUCUGUGAGGAGCCAUAUGGAGAGUUUCAUUCAGCAGCUGACACCUCAUCAUAGUUAACCUCCCCAGGGAAUGUGUUGAUAUUCAUCGAGCUGUUGAUUAUUAAUUCAUGUCUGAUACAAAUCAGUGACAUUUUUCUUUUGGAGGAUUUCAUCAACAGUUACCACAAGGCCGCGGUUUGUUUCCUGAAGUACAGGAGGCGUUUUCUGGAAUGAGAUCCUUCGUAUGAGGCGAAGCUGCAGCUGCGAUCUGUAAUGACAGAUGGUUAUCAGCAUUUUCUCUGAUCUGAGCUCAGCGCAGGAAGAGAAAUCCCUCCAGCUGGAGGCGGAUACCUGCUGCCUUCGUUUUGGUCUGAGCAGCUGUUUAGAGCACAUCUCAACCUUCGCUUUUCCGAGGUUGAAGGUCGGUCAUCAAACUCAAAUCAGAUGACUCGUUUGUGGCUUGUUUGGAUCCAGAUCUGUUCCUGUUGCACCUUUUCCUCUGCUGAGAGUUGAACAGAAUGAGAUGGCGAAAGCUGGAGAAAUAAGAUGGAGAAGUGAAUGAAGGAAUGGUUGUGGAUGUUUUCUACAUGGUCGUGUACGUUUCAGAUGGUUUUGUAUGUUUAACGUCGUUGAGUGCAGAUUGUGUUCCUGAACAAAAAGAGGUCGACUAAAUGAACUUUGCGCAAAAUCACCAACAUGAGCCUGAGAACUCAGAACAAUCGUCUGCUUAGUUUUGACUCUGUAUGUCUCUUUUCUGGAUCAGUAAGAAUGGAAGUCGUCUGGCUCACUCUAUUGUGUGGGUGACUCUCAAAGGACUGAACCAACAUGCAAGCCAGAGGUCAUGUGAUCAGUGGGUGCAGUGCUACCAUUGGUGCUAGCAAGCGUCUCCACUGUAUCUGAUUACCUCCAUAAGUAACGUUAGCCUAGCGAGCGGAGAUGACAUCCAAUGUUGUCACACAGAUAACAGAUCCUGAUACAGACUGCAGGUUAAUACGAGGUGCAAAUGGAGUCUUUGUGUUCUUCUGGUCUAAAUGUGAUUUUCUAGUCUGCCAGUGGCUGGUGAUGUCUGUAAUAAACCAGCCAAUGUGAGCGUUGGCUACAGAGUUAGCUGGCUUGUAGAGUCGCUGCUACAAAGGAUUUGACAAUGAAAGGAAAACUCAUGAAGCCUGAGUGAAAGAAAAUGUAUAGAAAGAUCAUCCACUGAUGCAUUAUCCUCUGCAUAUCUGCGCUGCGUAACGUCUUAGCUUUAAAUGCAAGCUGUUAUGAUUUGAAAUCAUAGUAUCAUAGCUGUACUGUAACUGCAUGAUAUCUUAAUAUCAAUAACUUGCCGAUGGGGGGCGCUGGGAGUUUAUCUUGAAACAAAAAAAAAAAAAAAUCCAUCUAAACAAGUUGUUUCAUCGACUGGAUCCUAAAGUCUGGUUUCCAUUCAGACGGGUUUUUAACGCGUUUGGAGGAAAUGAGAUUUCACAGGUGAAGGGUGGAUGAACUGUUUGUUUAGAUGUGGCUGGGAAACGUGAUCACUUCCUCUUCUGAAUGUGUCAUUAUAACAGUAUAUCAUAUAUAUUUUUGUACAUUUUAUGCAUCACGUUUGGUCAAAUCGUUGCCUGGUAGAGAUUUAGAGACUGGGAGAUUUAUUCUUGUCAAUCACAUUCAUCAAAAUGAAAACAGAUGCUGAUUCCUUUAAUAAUUCCGUUUUUUGUUGUUUACCAUGAAUAUGACGGUUCAGGGUUUCAAUGGGAUUGUGCAGUGGGAGAAAUCUCAUUUAUCAUACUACUACUUGAGUUUUUAUUUUUAUCGUAGAAUGAAUUAUAUCAUUUAAAAUAUGAUGAAACAGUAAUGAAUAUUAUAUCUAGAGUCUGAUGAUGUCGGUUAUUUUUACAUAAUACAGAGUAAAUCAGUGCAAUCUGCUAAUUUUAGCAUCUAGAUUUUUAUUUUUAUUUUUCAAAGAAGUUGCAGCUUUGGUUCAGACUCGAGAGUUUUAGAUACGAAAUGAGACUGUGACGGGAACAAAGUAAAGGAUCGCAGCACGAACAGCCACUUCACCAGCAUUAAUACAAGUGCAAACUGCUUCCACCUUUAAUUUAGAUUCAGCAGCAGCAGCAGCGUUCAAACGCCCUUUAAGUCCAUUUAUAAUGACUGUGUUCUGUAAUGUGAAGCCUGAGGCCAUUUACAGCCGUUAGCGCCCGAUUGCAGCAGUUUGCAUCACACAUCAUUCUCAUAUCCUCUGAGUCAUGAGUCAAAUCUGAAUCACACGCGUGAUACGACUCAGUGUGAUUACACUGUGUGAGAAGAUGAUUAUCUCUGAUCUCUAACGCAAGAAAACAUCCAGAAAUCCGCCUGGAAAUCAUAGAAAAAAGACCCUCCUUAUAACUGCAGAACUUGCCUGAGAAAGUUCGUGUUUUUAAGUUCCUUCAGUGUCACAGUGAACCAGUGACAGCUGUCAGUACAUCCGUGGAUACACUGCGGAAAGGAACUGAUAAGAGAUAAUUCGGCUACUUUUUAAUGUUGCCAAUUUUUUGCCGAAGCUUCAGGUUGUAGAUCAGAGCUAACGUGCUGAAUCCAUGGCAACACUUCCUGUGCUGUAGUAACUUCCAAAACUGUAACUUUGAGCAUGAUUAUACCCCAAGUAGAAGUAUGGCAAAGAAUAAUGAUAAUGUUUUUCAUGCUACAUCAAUAGUUUUUAAGCUGCAGGACAGUGAAACGUUUAUCAGUGCUGAAGCUGACGUUUUGCUCUUUUGUUUUUAAAUUACAGAAACAACAAUUUCCAUAUCUGUUGCGUAAACACGUCCAUGAGAUCCACAAUCCGAAUUUUCGCAGUUUCACCCAUUCAGAUAAAUAUCGAAGAUAUGUUAGAGCUGGAUCUGAAUCUGUCCUGAGCUGCAACUUCUUCACCACAGUGAGCGUUAACUGGUGUUUGAAUUAAACAAUAUCAAAAGAGUCUAAAGCUUCAGCUCAAUGAGUCUCUGCUACUUUUGAUAAAUGAAUAUUAUAUUUAAUAGAUUUAGCUCGAUCUGUCGUUUGAAGCGUAGCAGCAGAUGUAUGGCCACGUAAUAAACAGUUAAUAUCUGUUACAAUGAAAUAUGACAUUGUGUUUGCACUUUGUGUACCUGGUACUAUAGCAACAACCACUCAGCACAGAUCAGUGCUUGGUACAAAUGGAUGAUUAGAGAUUUCAGUUCAGUUUGUGAAAUGUUGUAUUCAAGAAUCACUUUGUGUGAAACUGUAAAAAAAAAACUAAAAUGUCCCUCUUGACCAGUGAGUGAAGUCUUAAAGUUAAGAUGAGUAAAUGGGGUGAAAUGAUUUCACUGCUAACCUGCCUUACUCCGAACGCUGGACUCAAACAGUUCUUCACUUUUCAAGAUGGACGUUUGUGCAGAAAAAUGACAAGAACAACAAAAAACUGAGCUGCUGAUUAUGUUUUUUUUUUGUUUUGUUAUUUUGUUUUUUUUAUUGGUGAUGCAACAGUUUGUAUUUUUGUGCCAGUUUUAGAGAUCAAAGUUGUCAAGUGUGUGUUCAGCCUUCACGGUGACAGACUGCUAAAGCUCGGCUUCGUUUCAACACACCGAUGACUUUAACCACUAGGCGGCGCUGAGGCUCGGCUCCGGCUGCGGCUUCAGGAAAUGGGUUCAGAUUAGUUCCACAUCCUGAGUUCAGCAUCUGCUUCGGUUUGAGACACAAAACCUGCUUUAACUUUUAUUUUGUUUUGGUCAGAGAAAGCGGAGCACGCAUUUCUUUUAUCAAGCUGAGUCAUAAACGAUAAAGUCUAAACAACAAUUAAUCUGAGACUAAAUUAAACUUGUUUUCUCGUGAUCGUUGACGAAGGACUGUGGACUCUUGGGCUGCGACUAAUUAUUAUUCUUAUUAACUGUUAAUUAAUUCAUUGAUUAUUCAUUUACUCUACAGCUUGUGGCACAAUAUCUUCAGCUCAUAUGUCACUUAGCAGCUUUUUCUGACAGUGACAUUAUUUCCUGAACCACAGUGGCAGCAGAGCCUCAGCGCUUUAUUACAAAGCCUCUAUUUAAUAGUAAAUUGUGCAUUGAGAUUAAUGUUCAAGAGACUUAAAUAAAGUGUUUCUAUCAAAUCUGA